AUGAAGACCCAACCUGAGGCUCAGUGGGAGAACCCCCGUGUUGGUCGACCUUUUCGGUCGAAACAGCGCGUCUUCGCAGUUCUCGUUCUACUUGCUGUCGCCGUCACGUUCACCAACUUCAUCAGUCUCCUUCCUAAAGUUCGCUUGGUAGAGAGGCUGAACGCGUUCGCAGAGAACGACGAUCCAGCGGAUUCAUUUCAGGAUAACAUAUGGCCUAUCAGAAACCAAACUCCUUGGGAUAUAUCCACAGAUUUUCCCUAUCCACGUCUUCUGCAAUAUCGCGUCACCGAGGGAACAUGGCUACGACUUGACGUACAUCCUACCUCUGGCGAUGUCGUCUUCGAUAUGCUGGGCGAAAUCUAUUGCAUUCCUGGUCGAUACGUAUUGGAUUCACAGUUUGCUGGCGAACAAGCUGAAGCUCGUCCUAUUCUACAAGGGGUACCCUUCGAUUCUGACCCCCAUUUCUCUCCUGCCGGCGACAAAUUGGUAUUCCGUAGUGACGCUGGACUUGGAUUGGAGAAUAUCUGGGUUACAAAGUGGAAAGGUUGUGAGGCAAUGGAUUUGAGGUCGAACUCGAACCCUUACCUAGAAGAAGCAAGAUCUUUCAGGGUCGAAGAUGAAGAUUUGUUGAUCCGAGGUGUUGCGGAAACAAAGGAAAGGCAGCGAAGGCGAUUACUUCGUGAAGGCCGGGCUGAUGCUAAAAGAGUUACCAACGAGACCUUCCGCUGGGUGUCUGAUGCCCGAUUCCACCCCUCCGGGAAAUCAGUGGUUGCCACUAAAUGGUACACUUCUUCACGAUCGCUUGGUGCUGGCGAGGGGUGGGAGUAUCCUCUUCCUUCACUUGAAGGGGAGGGACAAGAUCCUAUUCCUGUUGAGAGUGGUAAACGCGUGGUGAGCAGGACACUACCUCCAGGAGUCGAUUACUUCGACCAACAAAUCGGACCUGAACAACUUAUUUGGAACGGAGACGACGGUUUAAUUUUCUCAAAGAACGUGAUUGAUGCCUCCGUCUUUGAGUAUAGUAAAGACGUUCAUGCGGGAAUAUACAGCAUUAUCACUAAGAACCUUACAACUGGCGCCACUGAAACUUUGGUAGACUCCGCACCUGGAGGUGCGUCUCGCCCCGAGCUCUCUAGAGACCGUAGAACGUUAGCAUUUGUGAGGCGUGUUCGAGAUAAAGAGGUUUUGGCAUUGAAGGACCUCGAAACUGGAACGGUGAACUACGCUUGGGAUGGGCUCACAUACGAUGAUACUCCUAGUUAUGCUCCCAUGGGAACAUAUCCAUCCUUCGCAUUUACGCCCAAGGGCGAUGGCAUUGUUAUAUGGGCAGCCGGGCAGAUUCACCAUGUUCCAUUGAAGAAGAACAAGCUUGGAGAGCGAGUCAUAGCCAGUCCACCUCGUACCAUUCCGUUCAGUGCUCUGGUCGAGGUGCGCCUCGGAGAGUUGCACAGCCACCAAACUUCUGUUGACUUGGUCGGGCUAGAAACUCGAGAUACCUCACGACUAUACGCCUUCAAAGACUUGAGAGUCGAUCAGGAAGGGAAAAGAGCAGUCUUCCAAGCCGCCGGAGUAACCGUUGUGCAGGACAUUGGCAAGCCAAACAUCACCAACGUUCCUGUUCUCCAAUCGACAGCACCUUAUUACUUCCCUUCAUUUGUACCUGGUACAUCCGGGAGCAUGAUAGUACAUGGGCGUUGGUCGGACAAAUCGUUCACCUCGUUUGAAUUGGCGGAUUUGCGAUCCAGGAAGGCCUUUGAAAUUAGCGGUCUCCCUUUGGGCAGGUAUCGUAGCCCGGUUCUGUCUGCUUCUGGAGAUACAAAGAGGAAGUUUGCAUUCGUGAAGACUGCAGGUGAUUCGCUGACUGGGGAUAUGGUCGCUACUUCGCAGCCUGGUCUUUACGUCGCAGACCUCGACCUUGCGGCUCUCGACAAUGGCGCAAGCACCCUGGAGUUAAACAACAUACGAUUCGUACCUUCACAGGUCGGACCCUCCUCUGCGAUCCAGAUCCAAUUCGUCGAUACAGACAAAAUUCUCGUGAACCAAGAGCAAACAGCGUUCAUCAUUGAUUUGACUGGUGAAACGGUCAAAAGCGGUCAACCUCCUCACUAUACCCUCGCGAAGGGAAGGACCAGUAUAGAGCUCCGUGCCUCCGUUAAGCCAAAGCAAUUUCGGUUCAGGGAUUGGCUCGAUUGUGUGGAGGAGGGUGACAUUCUUUGCCGAAAUGUUGCAGAUGACUCUGGCUUCACUGUUGAGAAUGUCGCGUUUGUGGACUUCCUUAAUCCUUACUUUGCACCGGGUAGCAGCGUGAGCGGCGGAGAGGAUGAUCAGGGUGUGUGGUCGAAGCCAGGAAAUUCUACAGAGGGUCUCGCCCGAGUCGGUGUAGAUGGAGGUCAUUCCCUGACAUGGAGUGGUGAUGGCAAGAAACUAUUCUGGUUCUUGGGUCCAUUCCUGCAUUCACUCGAAGUAUCCAAGCUCAGUCAAUGCCAGUCGGAGAUUGAAAGCGACCCAGAAACGUUUGGCGUUGCUUGUGUCAAAGGACUUCUCGAGUUCCAGGAGGUUAUAUUCAAGCACUCGACUGACAUUGCGCGUCUGAAGAAGGAUGCUAAAACGACCUCCAAAGUCGUCAUCCAGAAUGCGACCAUACUGACGAUGCAUACUGGUGAUUUGCAUACCGAUCUCAUUCGGGGAGGAUCAUUAGUCGUCAAAGAUGGGGUUAUACAGUCAGUUGGAGAAUUGAAUUAUGGUGAUUUGGACGGCGCAGAGGUGAUUCAGGCCGACGGAGGCUUCGUCGUCCCUGGAUACCUUGACGUUCACGCCCACUGGAGUGGCGCUACCAACCCUCACCCGGCCAAAUCGUGGGAGAUGGAGACUUUCCUGGCUUAUGGGGUUACUACAAUGCACAACCCGAGUACCGAUACGGUGAACACGUUCAUUGAACACGUUCAUUGA